UUCUUUCAAUCGUAUCUAUUUGAUUGGUGCACAGUCAUUGGUGCGAUAGUAUUUUUCCUGCUUCUCGAGCAUGGCCUGCAUCCCUACCAUCGACAAUUCGCGAUAGACGACCGCUCGAUCCAAUUUCCCUAUGCCAAGCACGAACGGGUCCCAGUAUGGCUUCUCUUUAGCAUCUCAUACCUUAUGCCAGCGAUAAUUAUGACGCUAUACUGCACAACAAUGAAGCUAUCACGCAAAACGCUGCAUAUGAGCGUCCUUGGGUCGAGUUGUUCAACGGCCCUUACCAUUUUUGCAACGGCACUCAUCAAAAAUGGAGUUGGUAGACCGCGCCCUGAUUUGCUAGACCGCUGCAGGCCGCAAGCUGGUGUAGGACCAGGACUCGUGACGAGUGCGGUGUGUACAGCAACGAGUGCUCAUUUCUUGGAUGAGGGAUUUCGUUCCUUCCCAAGCGGCCAUGCGUCUUAUGCCUUUGCAGGCUUAGGCUUUCUGAGCUUUUGGAUUGCCGGGCAGACUGGCUUGUUUCUUAGCCCGCCGCGUUCAUGGAAGUCGUUUUUGGCAUUGACGCCUUUGUUGGGAGCAUGCUUGAUUGCUAUUUCACGCACGCAGGACUAUCGGCAUCACUGGCAGGAUGUGACGGUGGGUGGUAUCAUGGGCCUGGUGAUUGCUUUCUUUGCAUACCACCAGUACUUUCCUUCACUUGGCACAAAG